AUGGAACGUAUUAAGGAUCAUCUCUUAUUGGAAGAAGAAUUCGUUACUAAUUCUGAGAUUUUGAAACCAUUUGAGAAAAAGCAAGAGGAGGAGAAGAAGCAAUUACAAGAAAUUAGAGGUAAUCCACUAAGUAUUGGUACAUUGGAGGAAAUUAUUGAUGAUGACCAUGCUAUUGUGACCAGUCCAACCAUGCCUGAUUUCUACGUUUCCAUUUUGUCCUUUGUGGAUAAGGAAUUAUUAGGACCUGGUUGUGCUGUUUCUUUACAUCAUAAGACUAUGUCUAUUGUUGGUGUCUUACAAGAUGAUGUAGAUCCAAUGGUUUCUGUUAUGAAAAUUGAUAAAUCUCCAACGGAAAGUUACGGUGAUAUUGGUGGGUUAGAAGCUCAAAUUCAAGAAAUUAAAGAAGCUGUGGAAUUACCAUUGACUCAUCCCGAAUUAUAUGAAGAAAUGGGGAUUAAACCUCCAAAGGGUGUUAUUCUUUAUGGUGCUCCGGGGACAGGUAAAACUUUAUUAGCUAAAGCUGUUGCUAAUCAAACAUCCGCUACAUUUUUAAGAAUUGUAGGGUCUGAAUUGAUUCAAAAAUAUCUCGGUGAUGGACCAAGAUUGGUGAGACAAAUCUUUAAAGUAGCAAGUGAAAAUUCUCCAAGUAUUAUAUUUAUUGAUGAAAUCGAUGCUAUUGGUACUAAAAGAUAUGAUUCUAAUAGUGGUGGUGAAAGAGAAAUUCAAAGAACUAUGUUAGAAUUAUUAAAUCAAUUAGAUGGAUUUGAUGAUACCAGUGAAGUGAAAGUGAUUAUGGCUACGAAUAAGAUUGAAACAUUAGAUCCUGCAUUAAUUAGACCAGGUAGAAUUGAUCGUAAAAUCUUAUUUGAAAAUCCAGAUUUAUCAACAAAGAGGAAAAUUUUGGGAAUUCACACAUCGAAGAUGAAUUUAAGUUCAGAUGUUGAUUUUGAAACAUUAGUGACGACGAAGGAUGAUUUAUCAGGUGCAGAUAUUCAAGCUAUGUGUACAGAAGCUGGGUUAUUGGCAUUAAGAGAAAGAAGAAUGCAAGUGACAGCGGAAGAUUUCAAACAAGCUAAAGAACGUGUAAUGAAGAAUAAAGUGGAGGAAAACUUGGAAGGGCUGUAUUUGUGA